AUGCACUUCUGCCCGUGCUGCGGCAACAUCCUGCUCGUUGAGCCUGACUCCGACGGCAUGCGCUUCUUCUGCCAGACGUGUCCCUAUCUCUUCCAGAUUCAUGACAAGGUGGAGAAAAAAGUGCCGCUCCAGCGCAAACAAGUGGACGACGUGCUAGGCGGUGACGAGGCGUGGGAGAAUGUUGACCAGACCGAAACUCGGUGCCCCCACUGUGAGUUUACCAAAGCGUAUUUCAUGCAGAUCCAGAUCCGGUCAGCCGAUGAGCCGUCCACGACAUUCUACAAGUGUGUGCAGUGUAAAAAGCAAUGGAACGACUGA